AAUUGUCCGCUUUCUCAGACACCCAAGAUCAUUGGUCAGCAAUAAUAGGCGUCCUCGCUGAGUUGACCAAAGUGUUUUGAGGAACAUCACACAGCUGGCGCUGUCGGAAGGAACGCUUUACAAACUUCCAACGCGUAUUUGUCUCCUUUUUUCUUUCCUGCAACCCGGACAAAGGAAGGAGAGGAAAAAAAAGAGGCGGACGAGCUGCGAGUCGGAGAGGAUAGACCGAGCAUGGAGGUCAGGUACAGCCAAGAGACAGAAGGAAUGGUGCGGAAGAAUGGACUUACGGACAGCAAAAACACAAGGGACUCACAGGACACUUUGUCCAAAAGCUUCGUCAAGGAGCAACACGGCGCUUUUUCCUCCACGGGAACUCUGGACAACUGUGAGAAGAACAGAUGCAGCGCCGCCGACCCGGACUAUUGUCGGAGAAUACUUGUGCGAGAUGCCAAAGGCUCCAUCAGAGAGAUUAUCCUACCAAAGGGUUUGGACUUGGACCGUCCCAAGAGGACGCGCACCUCCUUCACUGCCGAGCAGCUCUACCGGCUGGAGAUGGAGUUCCAGAGGUGUCAGUAUGUAGUGGGAAGAGAACGAACAGAAUUAGCUCGCCAGCUUAACCUGUCGGAAACUCAGGUAAAGGUGUGGUUCCAGAAUCGUCGCACCAAGCAGAAGAAGGAUCAAGGGAAAGACUCCGAACUCCGCUCAGUGGUUUCAGAGACGGCAGCGACCUGCAGCGUCCUUAGACUGCUGGAACAGGGUCGGCUGCUCACACCCACAGGCCUGCCGAGCAUGCUUCCACACUGCAGUAAUGGCAGUCUGGGCACGGCCCUUCCCCCGACCUCCCUUAACUUAGGCGGAAAUAGUGGCGGCGGCGGGAGUAGCAGUGGGCCUGCCGGGAGCAGUCCUCCUUUACCCGUGGCCACAAGCUCGGGGACGAUGCCGGGUCUGCAGAGCUCGGCAGCAGCUCAUGGCCUAUUUAGCUUCCCCAUGCCGUCCUUACUCAGUGGUGUUGCCAGCCGCAUUUCCUCUAAUCCGCUCUCGAUGGCCAGUUCACUAGCUGGCAAUCUGCAGGAACUGUCUGCACGCUACCUGAGUUCUUCUGCUUUCGAGCCUUACUCGCGGACCAACGGCAAAGAAGCCAUGGACAAGAAGAAUGUGGAAUGAGGCUUUGUGCUCAUGUGGAACUCUGCGUGUUUCCUCUGGGAAUGUUUGAUGGUCCACUUCAUCUGUCUUUGUAUUGGCCAGUGUCCCGUCUGUGUUUCUGUCAGCUGCAAAAAAGACCACACAACCUUCGGAACUAAAAUGUUUGCUUUCUAACCCAUAAGAAGCCUCAACUGUCUCACCUCAAGUGAUUAAAUUGUACCACUCACCAUUCAUUUUAAUCAUCACCAUUCUCAAAUCAAACCAAUUUUCUUAACAUGUCGUUUGGCAAUAGACUAGAGUGCUUUCAACAAUGUCUUGAUAUCUUUCCCCCCCAAAUGGUUUGAUUCCACGGGAAGAGUGGUCACGGAUGGGCCGUUUUUCCACCAGACUUGUUAACGACAUGUUGCACGUAAAGAACAACCUCAUUGUGUCCACAGAAAUAUAAAUUAGUACUUCAGGGUACAAUUUUAAUUGGUUCUGUGACCCAGAUCAUACUUCAAAAAAAUUGUGUUGCGAAAAUGCGCUGUCCAUUAAAAUGAAUUACAAAUAAUUUAAUGUGUGCUUGCCCCUCAAAACAUUUACAUUUUAACAUGUACCAUGCUUUUAAAAAAAUUAAAAUGCAUUUUUAGAUAAGAAAUAUUGUAUGGAAAAUAAUACAAUAGAAUAGAGUACAGACAAGUACAGUACUUUUAUGAAGUAAUGUAAUAAUAUUGUACAGUAUUUACCUUGGAGAGUGGACUUCUGAAGUAUCUCCUUUCAGCUGCUUCUCCGUCAAACACACCAUCUGCAGCUCAUCCAUAUUUUCAUGGAUACAUUUUUCC